AACCUUCGAAAGGAAACGCACGUACGAACAGUUUAAUUCUAAUUUUAAAUUUCUACCUCAAAAAAAUAAAUUAAAUAAAAACAUAAAAAUGAAAAGUUUACUCUUUGUCGUCGGUUUUGUGUGCGCGUUAGUUUCAGCACAAGAGUUUGACUGUCCUGAAAAGAGCGGCUUCUACCCGGAUCCCUACCAGUGUGACCUUUACUACAAAUGCAGCAAAGGUGUAUCAGAAGCGAGGCUAUGUCCAGACGGUCUGGUGUUCUCGGAUGAGAACCCCAACAAGGAACGCUGUGACAUCCCCUCCAAUGUAGACUGCGGAGACAGGAAGGAAUUGCAGGAACCGAAGCCGACUAAAGGCUGCCCCAGACAGAACGGAUAUUUCAAACAUCCCGAUCCUCAGGCUUGCGACAAGUUCUACUACUGCUCGGACGGUACCCCCAAUGAGAUGCCGUGCCCCCCCGGCCUGUACUUCGACGAGGAGACCUCCAACUGCGACUGGAAGGAGUCUGUCAACAGGCAGUGUGACCAUAUCACCAAGGAUUUACUUGACGACGGCUUCUCUUGCCCCGACGGCGAGGUGAUGGGCCCCAACGGUCGCGCCCUCCCCCACCCUACCUUCCCCCACCCCGAAGACUGCCAGAAGUUCUACAUCUGCCGCAACGGCGUGCAGCCCCAGAAGGGACUCUGCCCAUUGGGCAAGGUCUACAAUGAGGAUACCUUCAUGUGUGAUGACCCUGAGAAAGUGCAAGGAUGUGAAAACUUCUACGAAGGCCAGACAUUUGAGAAGAGCAAACCUAAGAAGGCGUGAAGUGUGUCAUACUUAUUAAGAUAUUAGUUAUGUAUUAUAUAAUAAAUAUUAAUAAGUCA